AUGGCUUCAAGUUUCACCAGCAAUACUCCAUUGGAUCCCAGCCUCUAUAGCCUUGACCCUGCUGCGCGCGAGUUCUCCAAGCAACAAACAGGCAUCACUGAAGAUGACGAGUUGAAGCACCACAUCCUCGCCGUUCAAGCAAAGGCUUUCGCGGUCGAGUCUUACUAUGCGGCGGCUCGUACGUCUAUUAGGUUGCGCCCUACUAUUGUAUCUACACUUUCACUCAAAAUUUCGAGACAUCCGAAAUAUCAGAGCGUGCUUCAGCUAGGUCGUGACUACAAAGAGGCACUGUUCCUGGAUCUCGGAUGUUGCUUUGGCAAUGACGUCCGCAAGGCAGUUGCAGAUGGUUGGCCAGUCACCCGAAUGAUCUCUACCGAUAUCAGGCAAGAACUUUGGGACCUAGGACAUGUCCUUUUCCGGUCUACGCCAGCGUCUUUCCCCUCGCACUUCAUUUCGGGCAACUGUCUUGAUCCAACUUUCUUAUCAUCCGAGCCUGGGCCUUCGUCGCAGUCACUGCCUGAUUUGUCCUCGCUCACCUCGCUGAAUGACUUGCGUGGCAAACUUACUGCUAUUCACGCAGCAUCUAUAUUUCACUUAUUUUCUCAAGAGGAACAGGCGUCACUCGUGCGUGCUGUAGCUUCUUUGCUGUCUCCCGCACCAGGGAGCAUCGCAUUCGGAUCUCAUGUCGGAUACCCGAAGCAGGGUACCAUACGGUGGAAAGGGCCUGGUAUGAAAGCGGAUAAGUAUUGUUACGAUCCUGAGAGCUGGAAUAAGCUCUGGGAAGACGCAGGUCCCUUCAAGACGGAGACCAUCCUGAAAGAGGUGACAGGUCCAAAUGGUGGGAUCGGGUGGACGAUGGUAUGGAGCGCGACGAUCAGCACGAAAUCCGCUGUGUGA